UUUUUUAAUUGUCUAUACUUUAGAAAUGUGUGUUUUUGCAGUCAGAGUGUUUUUGGGAAUCCUUCUCUGUGCACCAUACCAGUGCUUGGAGUGUCCUUUUGGCUGUGAGUGUUUUGCUGUCACUCGCACAGUAAAAUGUGUUUCAGAGGAUCUGCUCACGGUGCCACAAAGUAUUCCAGGAUAUGCAAGGACUGUCAUCAUUACAGGGAAUAAUAUACACCAGAUUGGACCCGAUUCGUUUGCAGAGCUGGAGAAUGUCACCAACAUCAUUUUAAGCAAUAAUAGGAUUACAGAGUUGGCAUCCCACAGCUUCUCUGCUCUCACCAACCUGCGCUUCCUGGACCUCAGUGGGAACCGACUAGCACUCAUCCAUCCAGAAGCUCUCAGUGUACCUGGUGGUCCCCUUCAGGAGCUGAACCUGAGCCGCUCGCUGUACAACUCCUCCGCCCUGACAGACCUCACCACGGCUCUGCGCUGGGGUGGCCUCAGAGGUCUCCUUCGUCUCGACCUUUCUGGGAACCACCUUGGCUUGCUGCCCCCAGGCAUGUUCUCCCACCUUCCCAACCUGCAGCAGCUCUUCCUCGCUAACAACUCUCUGGUGGAGGUCUACAGUGGCACCUUCUCUGGCAUGAGCCACCUGCAGGUGCUGGACCUUACACACAAUGCCUUCAGGACAUUCAGGGCUGAUGCUCUACAAGAGCUAGGGAAGCUUGGGAACAUCCGAAUCCUUCUCGGUGAAAACCCCUACACCUGCUCCUGUGAGAUCCGCAGUUUUGUGGCCUGGCUGAAUGAAUCAAGAGCUUGGGUAGACAUGGACGCUGUAAGGUGUGCCUCACCGGGAGGGUUAAGUGACGCCCGCCUGCGGGGGCUCGGUGUCCAGGCCAUUGGAUGUGUUGUUCCAGUCCAAGCAGAGGUGGCUGACCUCACCCUGCAGACAUCCUAUGUCUUCCUGGGGCUGGUGCUCGGGUUUGUGGGCAUGAUGUUUCUCUUUGUGCUCUACCUGAAUCGCAACGGAAUGAAGAAGUGGAUCAUUGAAAUGAGAGAUGCAUGUCGGGACGUUCUGGAGGGAUAUCACUACCGAUAUGAGAUUGACUCAGACCCUCGGCUGGGGCACAUUUCAGCAGGUAACCGUGGCAGCAGGGCACAAGGGCAUUUAGGAUUAUCUCUGUCACAGCAGCUGCCAACUGACACCUGUAUCAUCCAGGUUCCUACAGACACACAGGUCAAAAAGGUGACAACCUCGCCGCCUCUGAACCUAUGAUGUUGUAAUGAAGCUAGAAUAAUUUGACAACAUAUGAAAAAGAUGUAGUUGUAGAUUACGCUGGUAGAUUUACAAUUGUGAGCUUUGUGUACAAACUGCAGUCGUAAUUUAUCUCACCUUAAAAGUGCCUUUCUGUUUCCGAGGCACUGGAGCAUUGUAUCUGUAAAUUGACCUUAAUAUUGUGUGUUUAUCAUAAAGUUUAUUAAAAAUAUAUAAUAGGUAGGCUACACUGAAAUCAUCCACAUCUCGAUUUGUGCCAUCUGUGGUUUCUUUGCUUUUUGGUAUUAGUGUCAUGACUUUAAAUAUAUAAACACACUGCAGCACACUGCCAGGAAGAUAAAUGACAUAGAUGGCAUGUAAAGUGCUGACCUAACAAACUGUAAUCCAUAGAUACCCAGUGAAUUUUAUAAUAGGACUUUAUAAGAUUAUGUAUGCUUAACUAAAAUGAAAACAA